AUGGACCUUAUGGCCAAUGGUCUGCCCGGCCAUAUGCAUGAAUUCUAUCGCCCUGUCAAAGAUGCUCCUUGGCUCGGGGGUGACCACGAAUAUUCAUGGUUGAAUGAAGCAUGGCCUUACUCAUACAACGCGCUUGUCCCACUGGCGUGGACUACUAACAAUCCACGGCUGAAACAUCAUGUUCUCCGAGUCACAGAUUGGGUCAUUGAGCACCAGCACGCAGACGGAUGGCUCGGACCCGAAGAAGACCCGUCACGUCGCAAUUUCUGGGGCAGAUAUCCUCUCUUCUUGGGCUUCAUGCAACUUGUUGAAGCAGAGCCGGAGCUGGGCGAGGCCAUGAUAUUACCCGCAAUGCAUCGCUUCGUUCGUCUCAUGUCCUCUAUGCUCCGAGACCACCACCGGGGCUACGUCUGGAGGCCGGGGGAUCUGUUUGACGAGCAGUGGGGCCGAUCCCGUGCCGCGGAUAUGGUCCUUGCCCUGCAGUGGCUCUACGAGAAAUAUCCCAUGGGUAAUGAAAAGGCCAUCCAUUACUGCAUGGUCCAGAUGUAUGAGAUGGCCUACGACUGGUCAUAUUGGUUUCACGAAGACCAUUUUCUGAAAGGCGAUCUGGAUCUCUACCCGGAUGAUCUCACCAAGAGCCUGUUUCCCUAUGUCCACGGCGUCAACGCUGGACAAGGAUUGAAAUGGGGUGGUGUGAUGAGAAGACUUGUCCAGGAUGAUGGGUUUCUCAACGCUACUAGAAAUGGAGUCAACUGGACCUUUCGAUACCACGGCACCCCAUCCGGUGCGAUCAUCGGGGACGAACGCGAGGCCGGGCUGAGUCCAGUUCGGGGUACCGAACUUUGCAGCGUGGUGGAGUCAAUCUUCUCCUUGACCUAUUUGUAUCAAGCCGUGGGAGACCGUGAAUUCGCCGACAAGUCAGAGCUGGCCGCCUAUAACGCUCUCCCUGUCAUGUUGAUGCCCCACUGGUGGGCUCAUCAAUACAUCGCACAGACAAACCAACCCGUCAGCCACCGCCUCGACAAUCCGCCGUUUUGGAAUGUUGGACCUUGGGGCCAGACCUUCGGCACGGAACCGAACUAUCCGUGCUGCACCGUUAACAUGCAGGGUUAUUCGAAAUUCGUUCCAGCCAUGUUCGUGAGGGAUGGCGACGACACACUGGUUCACGCCUUGCUCGGCCCGGCUCAUGUUAGUACCACGUUGAAGAAACGAAACAAAAUACGAAUCCGAUGCGAUACGAACUAUCCGUUCAGCAACGACCUCAACUAUGAGAUCAAGGCGAGGUUCGCUUUUCGCUUUUCGUUUCGGGUCCCUUCUUGGGCUAUGCUAGACGCGAGUAUUGUCAUGGUAGACCGGGGGAAAAGACACCACCUCGCGCCAGACCAUACCACGGGCCUGCAUACGGUGGUGAUCCCAGGCGGAAGGACCCGUGUCGAAGUCUCAUUUAGUACGAACCUUCGAAUCGAGGCGAGAGCCAACGACACCGUCUCCGUAUAUCAUGGCGCUCUGCUAUAUGCUUUGCCAAUCGCCGGAGACUACUCUGCGUCGCGCCCAGCGAACUACCCAGGAACGGAGGCUCCUCCUGAGGCAAACGACUGGUCGAUCCUUCCAAGGGACCAUUGGAACUUAGCCAUCGACGCAACGACUUUGAAAUUCUAUGAAUAUCCCAAUCGGUAUGACGAGUGGCUGCCCCAUCCGAUCUGGCAUGAAGAGCGGCCGCCUGUCAGCAUCUCGGCACUGGCUUGCCAGAUAGAUUGGGAGCUUCAAGAUGGGUAUGCGCCCAACCCGCCGUUGACCGGUCAGCGGAACUGCACCGGCAGGGCCUUUCCGGUUGAAUUGCGCCCGUAUGGCAGUGCGAAGUUGCAUAUGGCCGAACUGCCUACCGUGGACUUGAGACCAGGCAGUCCAGACUUGUGGCGAUCAGGACAUAAAGGGUUCGAGGAUCCACCAUCAGGCCAUGUGCGAGUUAUGUAA